AUGUCUUCUGCUGCGAUCAACCACUACACCGGCGAGCAGUUCAGCGAGAACUACUAUGCCCAGCGCAAGCUCGCGGACCGUCUGCCGGUCUCGCAGCACAAAUCGGCGAUAAGUGACGCCGUCGAUAAUAACGAUGUGGUUGUUCUCGUAGGCGAGACGGGCUCGGGCAAGUCGACUCAGGUGCCACAGAUGCUCCUAGAGUCGAAUAUUGUUGUCAAGCAUGGCAAGAAGGUUGUCGUCACUCAACCGCGCCAGCUCGCGGCGCAGAAGGUCGCCGAGCGUAUUGCAGAGGAGUUAGAUGUGCGCCUAGGCAGUACUGUUGGCGUGCGCUACAGAGGUGUGAACAACACCACAGCCAAUGUUACCUGUCUGGAGAUUGUCACAGACGGCACGCUGCUCGCUCUUGCGAAGAGCGACCCCGCUUUGUCGGAAUAUGGCGUUGUCAUAAUCGACGAAGCGCAUCAACAUACAAUGGCGACCGAUCUACUACUCGGUCUUCUUCAGAAUCUUGCUGGUAAGAAUGGUCUAAAGAUCAUUAUUAUGUCUGCCACAAUGGACGCGCAAACGUUCAUAAAUUUUUUUCCUCGAUCCACACUUGUCGAAGUUCCCGGCAGGGAGUUUAAGGUGCACAUCAAAUACACUGCGGAUCCACCACAGGGCGAGGACCAGGACCUCGAAAUACUCGUGGAUACGAUUCUACAAACGCACCUUAUGGGCCAACGCGGCAACAUUCUGGUGUUUGUGUCUGGCGUAAGGAUGAUCAACAAGGUCAUCCAGAGGGUUGAGGAUGCGCUCAAGGAGGGCGGCGACAGGGCGCGCUUUGCGCCGCGCGACAUUGGCACUCUCCGGUGCUACCCGCUUCAUUCCCAGCUUACCCCAGAUGCUAUCGACGCUGCCGUGGAGUCUGUGCCGCCAACCCGAGCCGACAAGGUUAGUCGAAAGCUCAUUGUCGCGACCAAUAUCGCAGAGACAUCCGUAACUAUUACUGGCGUUACGCAUGUCAUCGAUACCAUGAAGGUCAAGUCUCGGGUCUGGAACCCGGUUAACGAGAGCUACUCGUUCAAGGAGCAGUACAUCAGCCACGCUGUAGCUAAACAGCGCGCUGGCCGAGCUGGUCGUACUCGCGAAGGCGUCGCGUACCGCACGUGUACAGAGUUUGGCUUUCGGAGUGCCUUGCCGCAGCAUUCCGUGCCCUCUGUGUUGGAGAGUGACAUGAUUUCAGAGUGCAUGGACAUUCUGAGUUUGGGAAAGUCGCCAAUCAACUUCCCAUACAUUGUGGCACCAGCAACAGAGACUGUUACCAAGGCGCUUGGUAUCCUCCGCGAAAUGGAUGCUGUAAACGCUCGUGGUACAGAACUAACAGCUCGUGGCAAGGCAUUGUCGCGCCUACCCAUCGACCCGUAUCUCGCCGCAGCAUUGCUGGAGAGCCCGACAAUCGGCUGCUCGGACGAGGUACUUACGAUUGUAUCUAUGAUCGAAGUAUCGGAAGGUGGUGGCAGUCUUUUCAUCCAGCCGAUCGGGAAGGAGGAAGAGGCAAAGCUUAAGCGCAUUCGCAAUGAGUUUUGCGGGCACAGCGGCGACCACGUUCUCCUCCUGAAUGUCUACUUCGCGUGGAGAACUGCUUCGGCCCCGAAAAAUGCAGCUCUCAAUAUCGACCAAUGGCUGGAAGAGAAGAUGCUUCGCGGUAGCGUGUUGAGGGCCGCAGAUAUGACGCGCCGACAACUUCUCAACCUCUUGCACACCUCCUUUCCCGAAUGGAAGUGUCGUUCCCUGAAGCUGGGUGAGAUGAGCUACUACCCUUGGAUCAUCCUGGCUCUCGCCCGCGGCCAGUUCAUGAAGGUUGCGCGUCGCGCGCCCACACAGAACAAGAAGGGCCCGAUGGUCUACCAGACCCUGAGGUACAACCAGCGAGUCGAGCUUCUAAAGACCACGGAUCUAGGAGCCCCAUCUACUGCCAACGAAUGGGUCAUCUACCACGAGUGUCGUACCGGGGAGAAGAAAGACAACAUACUGAUUGUCUCACCUAUUGUGCCGGAGAUGCUCAUCAAGGCUGUGCCCACCUACUUCAGUAAUGUGGAGUUCUUUCCUGACGGACCCACGAAAACUGCUCUUGUUAAGAUUAUCGUCGAGAUGACUGGCGAGCCUGAGGACUCCCUUCGAGGAUACCCGCUAAGGUCGUCUACCACUACCACCACCCCCAGCUCAUAA